CCUUGCAUGCUCGCCCACUACACUAUCUAUAGUAGUGUACUAGCUACAGUAUGUCUCAUUGUUGAUCAUGUCUUCUGAUAGUAUUGCAACUGGUUUGGGUGCUGCUGCUAGUGCUGGUGGUGGUGGUGCUCCUGCUGCUGCUGCUGCCAAUAGCACUGCCAACAACAAUAAGAAGCAGAAAAUGUCUCCUCCCGUCGAUUCUCUUCUGUCAGCCACUGAAAAUGACCUUUUGAUCCAAGGCAUUCUACCAUUUGUUGGUGUUGGACAGUACGCGUUUGUAGGAGCUGUCAACAAAAAGAUGAAUCAACUGUACAAAUACUACUGUGAAAUUGAGCUCAAGAAGAAUCCAAGAAAGGUAUGCGAUAACACAGAGGAGGCCCUUGUAGACGACCUGGAGGAUGAUGGUCGCUCUGCAGAAGUCACCGACACUUGUUACAGCGAAACUUUUUGCAAUGUGCCCCGUGCGGAGUACUGGCAAAGGGACAAUUCCAGCAAGAAAACACCCGAUCGCGAUCAAGUUUGUACUACAGUUGCCAAAAUUGGAAAUCUUACUGUCAUGAAGUGGGCACGACAAAAAGGAUUCCCCUGGAAUGAGCAGACAUGUGCCUAUGCUGCCCACUAUGGCCAUUUGGAAACUUUGAUGUGGUUGCAUGCAAAUGGUUGUCCAUGGGAUGAAGGGACAUGUUCCGAUGCUGCUUUUGGAGGACAUUUGGAAAUUAUAAAGUGGGCUCGUGCAAAUGGGUGCCCGUGGAAUGACAUGACAUGUGCAUCCGCUGCCCUAUAUGGACAUUUGGAAUUUCUGAAGCGGGCCCGUUCAAAUGGUUGUGAAUGGGAUGAACUCACAUGGCGUGUGCCUAUGCUGCUCAAAAGGGUUAUUUGGAAACUUUGA